CCUGGUUGGACCUCAAGCAGAGUCCUGUUUGUUCUCUGGGAAGAGGGCACACAAGGGGCGACUUCAAGAAUCUAAAGAGGGGCCUACGUGGUGAGGCAGAGGGAGGAGGUAGGAGAGAUCAGAGCCUGGAGGCUGCCAAAAUCAGUUGAGUUGGUUUCCCGUUCUUGGCAAAAACAGUUCCUCAAUUCUAGAGGGACCCUUAAAUCAUGAAGCUCAUCACUAUCCUGCUCUUCUGCUCCGGACUCCUGCUGAGUUUAACACAGGGAGAAGAGGCCCAGGAAAUUGACUGCAAUGAUGAGACUGUGUUUCAGGCUGUGGAUGCCGCUCUGAAGCAGCUUAAUGCUAGGUUACAAAGCGGCAACCAGUUUGUGUUGUACCGAAUGACCAAGGGCACAAAAACGGAUGGCGUGCCAACCUUUUAUUUCCUCAAGUAUCGAAUCAAGGAGGGCAACUGCCCUGCUCAGAGUGGCCUCGCCUGGCAGGACUGCAACUUCAAGGACACCGAGGAAGCCGCCACUGGAGAAUGCACAGCAACUGUGGGAAAGAGAGAAAAUAAAUUUUCCAUAGUCACCCAGAGCUGCAAGAUUACUCCAGGUAAGGGCCCUAUAGUGACAGAGGAGUACCACUGUGCGGGUUGUGUGUACCCCAUAUCGACAGAUAGUCCAGACCUGAAGCCUGUUCUGAAACACGCCAUCGAAUAUUUCAACAACAACACAGAUCACAGCCACCUCUUUGCUCUCAGAAAAGUAAAAAGUGCACAAGGACAGGUGGUGGNUGGCCUGAAUUUUGACAUUACCUACACAAUUGUGCAAACAAAUUGUUCAAAGAAGCGUUUUCCUUCCCUCCAUGGAGACUGCGUGGCCCUUCCCAAUGGUGAUGGUGGUGACUGUAGAGGUAAUGCCUUCGUGGAUACUGAUAACGAAAUUGCCGACUUCUCGCAGAGCUGUGACCUUCAUCCAGGAGAUGAUUUGGUAGAAGCACUUCCCAAGCAUUGCCCUGGCUGCCCCAGGGACAUACCUGUAGACAGCCCGCUGGUGAAGGAGGCACUUGGUCAUUCCAUUGCACAGCUAAAUGCAGAGAAUAAGCAUACUUUCUAUUUCAAGAUUGACACCGUGACAAAAGCAACAUCACAGGUGGUAGCAGGAACUAAAUACGUUAUUGAGUUCAUAGCCAGAGAAACCAAAUGUUCCAAGGAAAUUUACUCAGAGCUGACAGAAGAUUGUGAGAUCAAGCACCUUGGUCAAAGUCUCAACUGCAGUGCUAACGUGUACAUGAGACCUUGGGAGAACAAAGUCUUCCCGACCGUGAAAUGCCAAGCAUUAGAAAUGACCGCGACGAUGAGGAGGCCUCCAGGCUUUUCUCCUUUCCGGACAGUCAGCGAACAAGAAACAAAAGAAGGAACAACUGACUCAGAUUUCAUUGAAGGUGUGGUAGCUACCAUGCCACCAUAUGACACUGAGGUCCAUGAUGAUUUGAUCCCUGAUAUCCAUGUACAGCCAGAUAGCCUUUCAUUUAAGCUGAUAUCUGAUUUUCCAGAAGCAACUUCCCACAAAUGUCCUGGGCGCCCAUGGAAGCCAGUUAGUUGGAAGGAUCCAAACAUAGAAAUAACAGAAUUGUCUGAUUUUGAUCUCCUUGAUGCUCUUUCUUAACUUACACAGCCUAGGUAGCUUUACAAAUGCUUUCCCAGNCUCUCUUCCUACUGCCCGAGCACAAACAUUGUGACCUAAGUCAUCCAGCCACGGUGACCAGAACAGCCUGCCAAUGGGACUUUAUAAAUCCCUGUGGA